AUGUUGGCUCUGAGGGAUCUUUUCCAACGCGCUGCAGCGGUAGGUCAUUUUCAUUUUUAUAGAAAAACAGAAAGAGACUGUUGACAAAAACAAAUUUAGUGAAAACCAACCAACUUGCACUCUUUGAAAAAAUUUGAAGCCAGGAUUUCAGUCGAUCAGACUUUUUAAAGCUUUUUUGAGAACUGAAUGUAGAAUCUGUCUUUCAUAAAUAAUAUUUCAGCCCCUGUUUGCUCUGGAACAUGGAUUUCAUUUAAAAAAAUAGUCUUUCAAAAAAAAUUAAAUUUUCAGGCUCCUCCUCGAAGUCCUACGCCACCACCUCGCCCUCAAGCUCCGGCAUCCCCGCCUACGUCUCCUCCGAGACCCUUUGCCCAAGUCGAUAGAAAUGUAAGUUUUUCAUUUCGCAAAACUUCAGCCUGAAUUUUCAGAACGCGGAAGAAUGGAGAAACCUGGAGGCGCUAGAACGACGACAAGCUGCAAACAUUUUGCUUCCACGGGUAUGUCUCCUGAACACCAUCCAGUAGCCUUGUUAUAUGAUAAAAGUACACGAUUUUACCCGAAAUGCAAGUCACAGACUCACCUGAAAUUUACUUGCAGAACCCGCAAGAACAACGGGGAUCCGCAAAUCAGCAGGUUUUUUCAUAUUUUUUUUUCCAUCAACAUAUAAAUUUUUAAGCCCUCAGCCCCUGGAAUCGCCGCGCCACCUUCUGGACAGGUAUUUCAAUAAUUUACAACAAAAACUGAAUGUAUGAAUUUGCAGCAUCGUCCCGGUUUCGGCUCGAAUCUUUCCCGCUCUAACCAGGUUUUUUUCAAAAACCGAUUUGAACUGAAAUUGGAUCGGAUCUCAACCAUAUUCUCAGAAUUUUUUUGUAGUUUUUCCUAUUGAUUCAAUCAUUUUUUUCCAGCAACAACCUCAAUUCGUUGCCCUUGGGAGUUUUUUUCAGAAGUAAUUUGAAAAAAAUUAAUAUGUCGCAGUAUGAGAUAAAUUUUUAUUAUUCUGAGUUUAAUAUUGAAUUUAAUUUAGAAAAGUGUCCAGGACUCCGAAGAUGAAGCGCCUCAGCCGCCACAGGUGAUUUUUAACUUUCAAAUAAAAAAACAGUGAAAAUAACUUUUUCUGAUCGAUCAAACGAAAAAUUUGCAGAAUCGAAGGGAAGCUUUCAUUCAACGCCAACGUGUAAGUUUUUUUCUACAGAAAUUUUAAAUAAAUUUACUUUUUUCAGGAUCGUGAGGCGUAUUACCGAAGACAGGUUUCCCUCUCUUCAGCUUUGGAUUUCUUUAUCUUCUUCAUUUUUUUGUUGGUGAUUAGUGAAACUUUUGCAGCACGCAGAACGAGCCCACAACGAUUCUCCAAGAUCUCAAGUACGUUUUCACUUCUUCAAAAAAAUCUUUAAAAAGUCAAAAAAACUUUUUGCAUCAAAAAAAGAAAGUUUUUUUAAAAACCGGACAAGUUGUCUAGUUCGAGACUUUUGAAUCGUGUUCUCUCUCAAGAGGUUGAAAGUUUAAAAGUUUUUUCAAAAGGUAUCCUAAGAAGUUUAAAACUUCUUCAAUGUUAGAACUACAUUGUAAUUUUUUUCACUAAAAAAUAUUUUGCGUUAAAAAUGAAUGCAUUUUUUCAGAGCUUUCGCGAGCCUUCGGGUGCUUCUCAAGAGCAGGUAUUUUUCAUACUUUGAAAAAAUGGAUCAAAAAAAUCGUUUUCAGAACUUCAACAGAAGCUUUGCUGCUCCUCAACAACGUGUUGGUCUUCUUCCUCCCGGGGAUUUUUGUUCUGAAUUCAGAGAUCUUUUAUGAAAUCACAAAAAAUGACUAAAAUCUCUUGAAUUUUUAAAUAAAAAGAAGAUUUCCAGGCACCGGUUUUGGGAUUUAGAGUGCCCCAGCCAGUAGUUUUUGUUUUCUGAAGACAAUUUGAGGCGUUUUUUUUUUCAGAAUCAGCCCGGCUAUUUUCCUCGUCUUGAGCAAGAACAUUAUAUUAUUAUUCAUAGUAAAGUUUACUGAAAUGUUUUAGUAAUAUUAAGAUAGUAACUUUUUAAAGUUUAACAAACCAUUAAAAAAAUUUUUGAGAGAAAUUCACCCUGAUUUUUAUUUGAAAGAACAAAUCAUUUUUUUAGUUGGACUUUUUCUAAAUUCAUUUCAACAGUUCAGAAAUUUGAAAUUUGAAUAUAUAGCUAAAAAAAUUAUUUAUUAUUUCAGCCGCCGCUCACCGGAAGUGUAGCACUUCAGAUGGUAUCACUUUUUUUUCUAGACACAAUUUUGAAGAGCUUCAUUUUAGGAUCGCCAUGGAAACGUCUUGUUUCGGCAAAGACAACAAGUGAGGGCUUUAUCUUCUCAUAAGUGAAGCUUUCCGAAGGAAAAAGGACGUUGUUCAGCAAAACGAUAACGUUUUAGUUGAUUCAAUCUAAAUUUUCUCAACGAUUUAGAAAUUUCAUUUCAAAAUAAAUAACUGGACAAUUAUUUCAGCCGCCACUCACCGGAAGUGUCGCACUUCAGAUGGUAUAACUCUUUUUCUAGACACAACUUUUAAGAGCUUCGUUUCAGGAUCGCCAUGGAAACAUCUCGUAUCAACCAGGACAGCAAGUGAAUACUUUAUCCUUUCAUAAGUAAAGCUUUUCGAAGGAAAAAAGGAAGUUUUUUAGCAAAACAGUAACGUUUUAGUUGAUCCAGUCUAAAUUUUUUAAACGAUUCAAAAUUUUGAUUUUUAAAUAUUUAACUGAAAAGUUUCUUUCAGCCGCCGCUCACCGGAAGCGCAGCACUUCAGACGGUAUCACUUUUUUUUUCUAGACCCAAUUUUGAAGAGCUUCGUUUCAGGAUAGCCAUGGAAACGUCUCGUUUCGGCAAAGACAAGAAGUGAGUACUUUAUCUUCUCAUAAGUGAAGCUUUUCGAAGGAAGUUUUUUAGCAAAACGAUAACGUUUUAGUUGAUUCAAUCUAAAUUUUUUCAACGAUUUAGAAAUUUCAUGAAUAAAAAAAAUAAAUAGCUGGAAAAUUAUUAUAGGGACCUGCUGCUGGAUUCGGAUCGCAACAGGAGCCCCGUGGUUUCGGUAGAGCUCUUCGUUUUCAGGUUGGUCGAAGUUGUCGAAAAAAAAACCUUAUUGGAAAAAUAAAUGACUUCACUGCUUUUUGAUAAAUUUAAUUCAAAUGAAGUUGCUCUACUGUAGAGAGAUGGAAAGGCGAAAUAAAAGAGAGAAUUCUCAUUUUCUUAGGAAAGUUCAUUCAUUCCAAUAUUUUCUUAUAAAUUUUUUUGAUUCAACAAGUUUCUAACCUCUUGAAAAUUUUAUUUCCAGGGGCAGCCGUCGGGCUUUGGUUUCCAGCAAAGACAGGUAUGUUUUCAAUAAAAUCCUUGAAAGGGAAGCUGAAAAUUUGUGAAAUUAUGCUUUUUCGAUAGAUAUAAUAUUGGAAACAUCUGUUUUUUCAAAAUUUUACCCUGAAAAAGCUCUUUUAUGCUUCUCAUUUUCUAGCCAAGUUGCUAAGCUUUCGAAAAAUAUGACUUUCUAUUUUCAGCCGAACGUCAACAAUUUUUCGAAUCGAGCUGGGCGACAAUCACGCAGGGGCCGCCCACGAAGAGGCAACAAUUUCAUGAGAGCCAUUGUAAGUUUUAAUCUGUUCUAUAACUUUCGAUGAUUCUUUGAAGCGGAAAAUCUAAAAAAUAGUCUUUUCUGUCUGAAUUCUGAUCGUUAUACAACUCAAAAACUCCUUUAAAAAUCAAUUUCCCCCACUAAUUGAAAAAAAAUCAUGGAUAAAUCAUCGUACAGCGGUUCUUUAUAGUAAUUUUUGAAUGGAAUCUUGAAAUUUCUGCAGAUAGAAUAAUUUUUUUCGCCCUAUUAUCGAAUAGUCUCAUUUUAAACUUUUUCAGCAGUCACCUCCCCCGGACACCGACAAGCGCAACCAAAAGUGA